UCAUAGAUAAUCCACACUCUGUAAACAUAAUCGUUAGAUUACACUGCGAGAACGAAGAAGUGAGGUUCAUCCUCUCCUCUCCAUUCCACACCACACCACACCACACCACACCACACCGGGUUCAAUUUCACAGGGUAUUUUUUUUCAUGGCGAAUAGACCCGAUCCUGAUAAUGAUGAUGAUUUUCUUGAGCUUUAUAAGGAGUACACUGGCCCAUUAGGAUCUACUGCUGCUACGAAUACUCAAGAGGGGGCAAAAUCAAACAAGAGGUCUAAUGCAGGGUCUGAUGAAGAGGACGAACCGAGGGACCCUAAUGCCGUCCCGACCGAUUUCACCAGCAGAGAAGCUAAGGUUUGGGAGGCUAAGUCGAAGGCUACUGAGAGGAAUUGGAAGAAGAGGAAAGAGGAAGAAAUGAUCUGCAAAUUAUGUGGAGAGUCAGGGCAUUUCACUCAGGGUUGUCCAUCUACCCUUGGAGCAAACCGCAAGUCUCAAGAUUUCUUUGAGAGGAUACCUGCAAGAGACAAAAAUGUAAGAGCGCUUUUCACGGAGAAAGUUAUAAGCAAGAUUGAAAGGGAUACUGGCUGCAAAAUUAAGAUGGAUGAGAAGUUCAUUAUUGUCAGCGGUAAGGAUAGAUUGAUUUUCUCCAAAGGUGUUGAUGCUGUGCACAAGGUUAGAGAGGAGGGUGAUCAGAAGGGAACUUCUAGUUCUCACAGGAGCAAGUCAAGGUCACCAGAGAGAAGUCCAGUUAGUGCUCGGUUUAAUCGCUCUGAGCCCCAAAGAUCUCAUUCUGGACCACGAAGUUCAUCUCAGUUUCAACAAAGGUUUAGCAGGCCAGAGAGGGUUGUUGAAGACCGUGUCCGGGAGGACGUUCAAAAGUUUGCUAGAGGUUCUCCACAAGCUUAUGGAAAUAGUGGAGCUAGAGGUCGUUCAAGCCACUCAAGAUCUCCAAGACAGGCCCCUUAUCCAGGGAAUUCAUAUAAUUCAUUUGAUGGUCGUAAUGAAAACAUGGGUACUUAUAGGAAUGAUGGGUGGGAUUCUCAUAGAAGAGAAUCUGGUUUCCAACCUGGUCAUCAGUUGGAUUACAGUGCCUCCCCUCAGACUUUAGAAGAAUUAGAGUUGGAGUAUAAGAACGAGGCAGUGGAGCUAAUGAAAAGUCGCGACCGAGAAGAAGAUGAAGAAAAUUUCAAGCAUCGCGAGGCUAUUAGAGAUUUGAGAGAGAAGUACAUGAGUAAAGUUGCUUUAUUGAGGGCUACACAUGCAAAAAAAUGGGAUGAAUUUCUUCAGCUUGAUGCCCGGAGGUGUCAACAGCAGGCAAUCCAACACAUGCCCCCUUCUGGUUAUCGGGGUUAUAAACAGCAGAAUUUUUCCGAAUAUGAUGGGUCCACUGCCAAUCCUCCCUAUGCUGGAACCAAUUUUCCCAUGGAACCAAAGAACAGGUUCUCAGACACUAUGGAGACUUAUCCUACGAGGUCUCAUGAUAACUUUGGUGAAUUUCAGAGGCGUGGAGAUUUUGCAAAAGCAUACAACAGAUAUUAAAUUUCCUUUUUCAAUCAAGUGGGGUCCAGAUUGAUCGAGUAUUCAUUUGAUGCAUGGGAGCCCAUGAGGUAGGUAAGUGUGUUGAUUAAUCUUUUCAUUGGGAAGGGACUUGUAUUCCAGUGGACUGAUCCUAUUCCUUCUUGAAUAUGGUGUCUCAGCCUUGUUAUGAACGUUGCUGUAAGUUUCAAUGUUUUCAUGGAUUAUUAUCCAUAACUGGUAACAUGGGUGCAGCUUGUUCUCUGUUGCUUUGUUGGGAGAUUCUUUAAAGGACUGGUUAGUUUAAAUAGAAUGGAUUUUUUAUGCUUUGUUA